AUGCGCCUGCAAACAGCCGCGGAUGAGAUCCGCUGCAAGACCUUCCCCAUGUUCUUAAAGGGGAAGGCUCGACUCUGGUUUCAGGGCCCGGCCCCCGGGUCUAUCCGGAACUUCCCUGAACUGGCCAGGCAGUUCGUAGCCCAAUUCGUUUCCUCGAAGACUUACUCGAAGAAUGCCACCCACCUAAUGGCUAUCAGGCAGAGCCAUGACAAGUCCCUAAGAAAUUUCAUGACCCGCUUCAAUGCGGAGAGUCUGCAGGUCAAAGACAAAAACGAAAAGGUGGUCAUGGCCGCCUUCGUGAAUGGGCUCAGGGUGGAGGAGCUCUUCUACAAGCUGGCCGAGAAGUCGCCGAAGAAUCUGGAGGAGCUCCUGACCAGGGCGCACGCGGUUGCUAAUGCGGAGGAGGCAGGCCGUCUGAAGAAAGAGUCAGAUCGGGAGUUCGGAGAUCGGAAGGGACGGACAAACCCCCCAGAGGGCAAGGAUUGGGGAAAAGUUUGA